UUUUGAUUAUACUAUCUUAAAACAGUAAUCAUGGCAGAUGCGGCUGUUGCGGUCAUUGUGAAGGAGGUGGUGCGGAUACUUGGUUCUUUAGCUAACCAAGAGAUUGCUCUACUCAGGGGACUCGAAGGCGAUAUUUUGAGUCUCCAGAAUGAUUUCGAGCAAAUCCAAGCUGUUCUUCAAGAUGCGGAAGAGAAACACGUCAAGAAUAACGUUGUAAAAGUAUGGCUUAAGCACCUCAGAUCAGCAUCCUUGGAGGUAGAAAAUGUGCUGGACGAGAUCUCAACUGAAGCGUUGCUACAAAGCCUAUACAAAAAAAGAAUCAAAUACAGCGUAAAAGCCUUCUUCUCUCCCAAUCAUAAUAAAUUUAUGUCCCGUCUUAGGAUUGCUCACAAAGUUAAAGACAUAAGAAAGAAACUUGAUGACAUUGCAUUUAAGAGAUUUGAGUUAGGUUUGAUCCCUUCGGAUGCUAUAAGUGAUGUAGAUGAUAUGGUAGUUGAAAAUGAGAUGCCAAAUAGAGAAACUAGCUCGCUUAUACAAGAUUCUUCAAUCAUCUUUGGAAGAGAUGAAGAGAUGGAGAUGGUGACUAAAGCGAUAUGUGACCAAGAUGUCGGAAAAUGUGACAAUGGUGAGGUUCCGGUGUAUUCUAUAUGGGGUAUGGGAGGUCUGGGAAAGACCACUUUAGCUCAGUUAGUUUAUAACCAUGAAAGGGUGAAGCAAUGUUUCGAGUUGAAAUGUUGGAUCUAUGUUUCUGAAAAGUUCCAGGUUAAGGAGAUAAUGAGAAAAAUCAUCGAGUCCAUAGAUAAUAGUGGGUGUACACUUACAUUGCUAGAUAAGUUGCAAGAGUCCCUUCAAAGCAGGUUAGGGGGGAAGAAAUUUUUGGUUGUACUAGAUGACGUUUGGGUUGAAGAUGAUGAAAAUGAAAAGAGCAUGUGGGAGGAGCUAAGAAAAACAUUAAGGUGUGGGGCAGAUGGAAGUAUUGUUGUGAUGACAACACGAUCCGAGGCAUCUAGUAAAAUGUUUAGUAAGGUUCCCAAGUUACAACAUAAACUGGGAUGGUUAUCAGGAGAUGACUCGUGGUUACUAUUCAAGAAGUAUGCAUUUGCACAGGGAAGAGAGAGGAACGACAUAAGUGAACUAGAGCCUAUUGGAAGAGAGAUAGUUGAGAAAUGUAAAGGACUACCUCUAGCAGUGAAGACAUUGGGUAGCUUAAUGUGGUCGAAAAGUAGUACAAGCGAUUGGCAACAUGUGAAAGACAACAACUUAUGGGAUUUGGAUGAAGUUAAAGUCGUGCCUGCUAUUUUGAAGUUAAGCUAUGAUAAACUGCUUCCACAUUUAAAAAGAUGUUUUGCUUAUUGUUGUUUGUUUCCUAAAGGUUGGGAAUUGGAAAAGGAUAUACUAAUUUCAUUGUGGGCGUCAAAUGGUUUCAUUCCACCCAAAGGAGGGAAAGACUUGUAUAUGCUUGGAGAAGAAAUUCUUAACUGCUUUAUUUGGAGGUCAUUCUUGCAGGUUGUUUUUAAGCCGGAAAAUGGUAUUUAUAAAAUGCAUGAUCUGAUGCAUGACAUGGCACAUGAUGUGAUGGGACAAGAUUGUUUAGUUAUAGAGCCUGCAAAUAACAAGGUUGAAAUACCAAAUGGGGUGCUUCAUUUGAGCUCGUCAUGCCCCGUUCAGUUUUCAUAUGAGGAUUUAGGAAAGCUAACAUCGUUAAGGUCAAUGUUCAUGUUCAGGGACGUGGAUGAACGUAGCAAAAUUUUCAAGCAAGCUUAUCUAAGGGUAUUACACAUGACUGAUUCUAGAGCAAGGACAUUCCCUGAAUCGGUUUGUAAACUCAAACAUCUAAAAUACUUGUAUUUACCAAAUACAAGUAUAGAAGUUUUACCCGACUCAAUUAUGUAUCUCCAAAACUUGGAAUACUUGAACUUAUCACAUUCGAGUAUAAAAGUUUUACCUAAGUCGAUUCUUUAUCUCAAAAACUUGCAUUACUUGAAUCUAUCAUGCUCAUAUAUAAAAUUUUUGCCCGAGGGGAUUACUUAUCUCCAAAAGUUGCAAAUGCUAUAUUUGGGUUGGUGUCUUUCACUGCGUAAGUUGCCUGAUGGCCUGAAAUACAUGAGAAAUCUUCAUUGUUUAGACAUCAGUUAUGUUUCACUCACACAUUUUCCAGUAGGAAUCAAAGAAUUAACCAGUUUGCGAACACUUUCAAACUUUCAUGUUGGUAAAGGGUAUGAGGCCAAAAUAGGGGAAUUGGGGGAUUUAAAUCUACUUGAGGGCAAGUUGUCGUUAAAACAGCUUGAGAAUGUUGGAAGUUUAGGAGAAGCCAAGAGUGCCAAACUUGAAUACAAAAGAAAUCUGUUGGAUUUGGAGUUGUGGUGGUCAGCUAGAAAUAUGCAACCAGAAGAGCGUGUAGAUGAAGAGGUUCUGGAGGGACUAGAACCAAAUCCGAGUCUCAAGAAAUUGUCAAUAUAUGGUUACAUGGGAAUGAUUAUUUCUCCCGGUUGGUUGGUGAAUUUGAAAAACUUGCUUGAAAUUACAUUUUAUGAGUGUAAUCGCUGUCAGCAUAUUCCAACACUUGGGAGAUUACCCAAUCUUAGGGUCAUUGAGUUGAGGUGCAUGGAUUCUUUUAAGUGUUUCGUUGAUGACGACACAAACAUGUUAGGCAACACCACCAAUAUGUUUCUUUCUGUAGUAGAAUUACACAUUUUUCGUUGUCCGAGUUUGGUUUCCUUACCAAGCAACCUUCCAAAACUCAAGGCUUUAUUCUUAGACGAGUGCGAUGCUUUAGUUUCUCUACCGGAUGAGAUUCAGAGUUUCAAGCAUUUACAAGAACUUACUAUAUCAGACUGUGAACAAUUAAGGGAAAGGUAUGAAAAGGACACGGGUGUAGAAUGGCAUAAAAUUUCUCACAUUCCCCACGUCAAAAUUGACUAAUCUACAUUUAGCAACUUCUCAUUAUUUGUGAGAGAGUUGUUACUGUUGCUGAUUGUACAUGCUUCCCAACCAUGAUGUACAAAUCUUUCAAGCUGAUUCUUUGUAAUAUCCGUAUCGGAACCGCCAACAGGUAUUGGUUUUUUUUUUGGGUCUUUGAAAUCUGCAGCUUCUUCGACGGCUGAAAGGACUAAUCAAGAAAAUAAACAGAGAUUUGUGUGAUCAAAGUCAAUGCAAAGGUUACAACUCGCUGCGUCAGUUGCGUCAAAGUUCUUCGAGUUCAAACGAUGUAUUUUAAAAGCCGUCUAUGGUGGAAGAUGCAAUCUAGAGUCCAACAACAAAUUGAGAAAAAAGAAAC